AUGCCAUCAAUCUGCGGAUCACCGCUACUUAGGGUGACCAGCUUUAAGUACUUGGGUCAUUGGGUAACCGAAAACUUAGGCGAUAAUAAGGAUAUAGACAGGGAGCGAAGGUCACUGUCAGCUCGCUGCAACAUGCUGGCUCGCAGAUUUGCACGUUGUACAGAAGAUGUCAAAAUAACUCUUUUUAAAGCCUUCUGCCAAUCAUUUUAUACGUCGUACAGUCUGUGGACCAGCUAUAGCUUGCGUGCUUACAGUGACCUCCGCGUACAAUACAAUAAUGCGUUCAGGAUACUGUUGGGGCUGCCGUGGCGUUGUAGUGCCUCACUGAUGUUCGCGGAAAGGCGCGUCGAUAACUUUAAAGCCAUCAUGCGCAAGAGGUGCGCGUCAUUACUUAAGCGUUUCCGCGGCAGCCACAAUAGUAUUCUGAAAGUGUUUGUAGAUCGAUGGGAGAGUCCUAUGCUGCGACAUUGGAUAAAGCUCCAUGUAAUUCUCAAAGUCCUAAAACCACCAGAUAAAACUGCAUGGGACGAUGAUGAUGAUGACCUAAAAGCAGUCCGUAAAUCCAGUUGGGACUUUCCAACACCGUUACCUAAGGAUGGACCUGACAGAUAUGGAAGAAGUGAACGACGUCCUACAAGGGAUUAUAAGGGAAGGCCAUAUGAGGAUUCAGUUAGGGCUACACCGCAUAAAUGGGUUAGUUCACGUCGUGGUUUAGAUGUCGACGAUCCAGAAUGGCAAGAAGCUGAAAAGAAACUGGACAGAGCUUGGUACAAUAUGGGCGAAGGUGAAACAGACGAAUCCGAUCCAUUCGCUGGAACUAGCGCUGAAUACAUUGCUCGUAAGGAAGAACAAAUAGAAAAGCGACGUAACCGCAAAGUAUCUGCAGCAAGACAACAGAUAGAUAAGGACAAUGAGCUGUGGGAAAGAAACAGAAUGUUGACAAGUGGUGUCGUACACGCUAUCAACGUUAAUAAUGAUUUAGAUGAGGAAAGUGUCGAUCGAGUACAUCUUCUUGUGCAUAACAUUGUACCGCCAUUUUUGGACGGUAGGAUUGUAUUUACCAAGCAACCAGAGCCUGUUAUACCGGUAAAAGAUCCAACAUGUGACAUGGCAAUAAACGCGCGGAAGGGUUCAGCGUUAGUGAAGGCUUUCAGAGAGCAAAAAGAACGAAGGAAGGCGCAGAAGAAACAUUGGAAAUUAGAAGGAACUAAAAUUGGUAACAUAAUGGGUAUUCAGAAGCAGGAAGAGGAAAUCGAAGACGGUCCAACUAAACAGGCUUACAAGUAUGCUGAACAUAUGGAUAAAGAGGGUCAAGAACCAGAAUCGAAGUCAGAUUUCGUGAGAAAGAAGACGAUAUCAGAACAGCGUCGUUUCCUACCAGUGUUUGCUGUUCGAGAGGAACUCAUGCAAGUCAUACGAGAGAAUAACGUUAUCAUUAUUGUUGGUGAGACGGGCAGCGGUAAGACGACCCAGCUGACGCAGUACCUGCACGAGGAGGGCUACAGCCGGCGCGGCCUGAUCGGCUGCACGCAGCCUCGCCGCGUGGCCGCCAUGUCCGUCGCCAAGCGCGUGUCCGACGAGAUGGGGGUCCGGCUCGGCGAAGAAGUCGGCUACGCCAUUCGCUUCGAAGACUGCACGUCACCGAACACAGUCAUCAAGUAUAUGACGGACGGCAUCCUGCUGCGGGAAGGGCUCCGGGAGCCAGAUCUGGACCAGUACUGUGCGGUUAUCAUGGAUGAGGCUCACGAGCGCUCUCUGUCUACUGAUAUGCUGUUCGGGCUGCUUCGGGAGAACAAUUACUUUUUUGUUAAAUUCCACGCGGACAAAGUCGCGUGUACAGCUUGUAGUUAA